AUGCAAGCCAAUUCUCAGUAUGUUCAACACUUCCAAGCCGCUAAGAGCUGUCUUAGAAGAGAGAGGUAUGGUGAAGCUUUGGCUCAUAUUGUUUUCUUGGCCAAUGUGGAGCCCUCGUCGAAAGAUAAUCUGGAGGAAGACUUCAUUGUCGCUUUGCGCCAGUGGACCGAGAUUCUUGAACAACACGGAGAGCUAGAAAAACUAAUGGUGUGUCUACAGGAAGCUUUAAAGCUCUAUCCACAAAGUGAGGCUGUUCUUAUAAACACAGGAGCACACUUGCUCAAGUUGGGAUGUACCGACGAAGCUGCCUCGUGUUUCAGACAAGUCUUGAGUGUAAAUGAUAGCAGUGUUAGAGCCAGAGAAUAUCUUGAAAAUAUCGCCAAUUUAUUAGUGGAAAGAUGGCAUUUUAGGAUGUUAAAUGAUGAGAAGCGAAAUUUAGCUUACAAAGAGGCCAUCUGCAAGGCAAUUUCCCAAGGAUAUGACACUGUUCUAGACAUUGGAAGUGGUACUGGUAUUCUGAGUAUGUUUGCUGUCCAGGGGGGAGCUAGAGAGGUUUAUGCAUGUGAAAUGUCCAAGACCAUGUAUGAAAUGGGCUGUGAUGUAUUGAAAGCAAAUAACAUGGAUAGUUCAGUCCAUUGUAUUCAAAAGAAGUCAACAGAGAUAAGUGUUGGUAAGGAUAUUCCCAAGAAAGUUUCUCUUGUGGUGACUGAGACAUUAGACUGUGGGCUUCUUGGUGAGGGAAUUCUUGCUACUGUCCAGCAUGCGUGGAAACACUUACUUAUGCCUUCUAAACCCUCACAGGUGAAGCCAGUAUCAAAGGUCAUCCCUAGUGGAGCUGUUGUUUAUGCUAUGGCAAUUAUGUGCGAUGAUAUCAGAAAUCAAAUCAGAAGCAAACCAGUUGUGAGUGGAAUAAAAAUGUAUCCUGAGCUAACUGUGGGUGGUGAAGUAAUGGAAAAAUGUUCAGAAGGGUCUUCCAAAAAUAUAUGCAAUCAGCUGGAGCCAUAUAGCACAGAAUGCUUAAACAAUCUACGAGGUGGAUUUAUUCCUCUUUGUCAUCCUUUUAAGGUUACUGAAUAUAAUUUCAAUAAUCCAAGUAGCUUGUAUGAUGACAGAAAAUUGCAUUUUGAAGUCCUUGCAACCAAUGAUGGUUGUGUUGAUGCUAUUGCAAUGUGGUUUGAUCUACAAUUAAAUGAAGAAAUAUCCCUUUCCACUGGACCUCAGAGUGAUUCUCUUUGCUGGGAACAAGCAGUUUUUCCAGUGCAUCUAGACAAUGCUAGUAGUUUAUGUGGCAUUAAUAGAGUUUCAAAGGGAGACUUGAUGUCUAUUUAUGGACAUCUUUCUAAAGAUUGUUUGAGAUUGUAUUUGAAUGGUGCUGAAAAUGACACAGAAGACAUGGCCUUGCAAUUAUCAAAGGAUCAAAGAGUUGAUUCUGCUGUAAAGACAACUUCUUUGGAUCUUGAAACUGAAGUUAGCUGCAAAGUAAGUAAAGAUAUUACUGUCAUCCCACCAUCUUAUUUGAGGCGACUGAAUGACAAAAUUUUCAGUGAACUGUAUGACAAAUCAAUCUGUGAUGCUAUGAAGUCUGCAAAUCCUAACUUCAACAAUGGUGGAAUUGGAUCACAAGAAACAUCUGAACAUAAAAGAAACAUCCCAUAUUAUGUUCUGGACAUCACAUAUGGUCCUUCCCUGUUUCCAUUCUUUGCCUCUAGAAGCAAAGCAGAUCGCGUGCUGAUCUCAAAUCCACAUGAUGUAGAAUGGAUCAAACACAUUAUAAAUGGAAACAAUUUGCCACAUGUUAUUGAGUAUGGUCCAAAGAAACUUGAAGACAUUUCCAAAGAUGCAACAGGAAGAAAGUGGAAUGUUCUUAUCAGUGACAUUGUUGAACCAUCAGGAAUUAUUCGCCAGCAAGUGGUAGAAGAUAUUGUCUUUGCCAGAGGAUGUCUAUUGAGACCAGAGGGGUAUCAAAUUAUUCCCAUGGGCUUCACCUUGUAUUGUAUGUGCAUUGAAUCUCCUUUUUUGUCGGCCAAUUGCCGAAUCCUCAGCCAAGACAAUACACUGGGACUUGACAUUGGAAGGUUUGUCAAUGAGUUUCAAGUAUCAACUCAAAUAGAUCUUGACUUGACAACCCUACCAUUUUCAGCAGUAACAGACCAUGUCAAAAUUCUUGACUUAAAUUUCAUGCAGAACUUUGACACUGAUCAAGGAUUGCUUUCAAUGCUUGAAACUCACUCAAAGCAGAAGGUCAGAGUUGUUAAAUCUGGUCGAAUCCAAGCUAUCCCCUACUGGUAUGUGCUGCACAUGGACAAUGUCCACUCACUGUCUACAUACAGUGGAGCUUACACUGGAUCACACUGGAGGCAAGCUGCUGUUGUUUUAAAAGAAGACAUAAUUGUGGAGGCUGGCCAAGACCUUUUAAUUUCAGCUUCAUGUGUAAAUAGCUGUAUUUUCAUCAAUGUUAAUGUAGCUGUGGAUUAAUGUUCAAUAAUAUUAUUGGUGACUUAUUAUACUGGUGACUUGUAACUUAGAUAAUGGCAAACAUAACAGCAAAAAGGAUAAGGGUGGUAAUUUUGUUACACCUUUUUUAUAGUAAGGUAAGGUAAGGUAAUGGCGCACACAAGUCAAAGGUGAGCUGUUGUGUGAAAACAUAUCUUGUUCACAACCAAAAAUAACAUGUAAAAAGAUCACGGGUGCUUUGGUUAACUAAUAAAUUGUACUUUUUGCACCAAAAAAAUAUAUGUUCAAGUGAAAUAGUUUGGUAUUUUACUGGUGUUUAAUAUAAUAAAAUAAUGAAUUAUUAUGUGGCCACUUAAAGAUUAUUAUCAAAUUUCUCUUCAAGUGUUGAAAAAUGCUUGAAGAGUGAGUGCUGUGUAUGACUGAAAUAUUUUCAAUUCAAGAACAUAUACUUGCUUCAUUAUCAUGAUGUUCUGGCUUCAAUUCAAGUUAGAGUUUUGAGUGUCUUAUGUGAGUGAAUAAAUAUGUGUGUCAUUAUCAGGAAAAGACAUUUUUAUGUUUUCUUUGCGAGUGAAUAAAAAUUAAUAUAUGUUUCUUUUCUUUGCUUAUAAGCUGCCCCUCCCUCCAAAUGAAUAUAAACCCACCCAAAAGGCCUUUCAAAAUAACAGGCCAGGGCCACAAAAUUAUAAAUCACCAUGUGUCACAGAAUAUCAAAGACUUCUUUAUAUUUUUAUGUGUUUGAAGUAUUGAAUUUGUCAGAGAGAAAGCAUUUAGUAUUCUCAGAUCAUGACUUUGUCUUGUUUAGAUGUGAAAUACAAAUUUUCCUUCACUUUGUACAUUUCAAAAAAGGUAUAAAUUUUAGGUGCUUGUCUAUUUGCCUGGGAUAUUUAAGGAUGGUUGCAGUUGUGCUCUUCAAUACUGACCGAAGAAUUCAAUUAGCUUCUUUUUCUCAGGGAUGCUAAAAAGGCCAGACUAUAAAGGAGGUAAAAAUUUGACCUUAUGAGGCCAGUCUCCUUGAAUUUGCAUUGUUUUGCUCCAUCAUCUCUGAGAAUAAAAAGGGACUAAUUAUUGAUGUAUUUUACAGAUUGGCGACAACACCCUGUACCUUUUACUUCCUGUUAAUUCCUUAGUCCUGGACCUUCCCUAAUAUUACGAGCUUUUCUCCCGUGGUAAACACAUCCUCAAACUUUAACACAGGCGAUUACCAAUCCCCUUCCGUUUUCCCAAUCAUAUUUGUUAGUACUUAAGAGAGGGUUUACACAUUGCAAAUAAAUCUCUUUUCUAUUUUGUGUCUUGUUAUGAUCUAUUUUUAAUAAUAUUUAUUUAUCUUUUUAUCUCGAUGCAGGAUGACCUUAACUCACAGGUCAAAUGCCAACAUAAAUAGCACACAGACACAAAGAAAGCAAGAGAGAACGAGAGCAGAGAAGGAAGAAAAGAGAAACUACAAACACACCCGGGUAAUUCCCUGUAAAUCGGGCGAAACGACCGGAUACUAAUUGUAAUCCUCUAGCGGAAACCGGUCGUUUCGCCAACGGUCGUUUCGCAAACGUCUCUGGUCAGUUCGCAAACGUGUAGAAGUCAGUUCGCAAACGUUUAGAAGUCAAUUCGCAAACGUUAUAAACAUUGAUAUGUCAACCUACGUUUUAACUGUACAGUUCAGAAUACUAACGUUAUGCCUAAAUUAUUGGGUCUGAAAUGUAACGUUAUAAACCUUGGCGAAACGACCGACAUUCCCUCUAGCGAUACCGGCGAUAUUUUUACAGAGUUGACUUUCCUUGCUUUUUUAUGUGACGGUUCACAUCAUUUCAAGUUCUUCUCAAUGUCCCUUUUGACCUUUCCUGUGAUAGUGAUAAGCAGUGAUUUUACAAGGGUUUAAUAGAGUAUGACAAGGCAUGUGUCUUAUGACCCGUGGAAUAUACAUAGCAGCACGAAAUGAUGAUGAAGCAAGGAAAUGCGUCACCUGAAUUAGACGGAAAAUGAGUUAAUUUCUGGGUAAUUUACAUUUCCUUUCUGAUUGCUUACAUUACUGUCACGGUAUUAUUUCAUGACGAUUUUACUCAUUUUCCAUGGACCAUCCGGACGAGCGCUUCCUCGUCUGUAGCAUUUUUGCUUUUAAAAUCCUAUCAUAGAACACUGUUUUAAAUCCGUUUAAUUCUGAAAGUGUUUUGUAACUUGUUUUGAACCUUUCCUGUGGUGUUGGAUGAUAAAGUGAUUAUAUAUGCGCCAAUACACGUACACACCCCCAACACGCCCCCGAAUUAUUGUGUUCUCAUUUUCCGAAACUCAACACCAACGAAAUGUGCUAAAUAUUUUUGUUUUGUCAUUUUUUCACCGUGGUUUGAUAGCUGUAUCCAUGUAUAUACAUUUCAUUCGUUCACUCUGUACGAAUAAAGCUUUCAUUUCUGGUUCAAAUAUUUGAAAACCCAAGCGGUGUUCAUGAUCCGUGACACGAACGUAAGAAAUUGUUUGUUUCCCUUUUUUUAAACUCCCUUGUCUUAUGUGACGUGAAGUGGCCUUUGUCACCCUUGUGAUCACGUGUUUUUCUGUUUAUAAAACACUGGUACGACUGGUUGUUCUCUCAUUGAAUGCAAUUUUUACACGUAGUUCAAGUCCAGCAAUGAGCGUUGCGAAAUUAGCACGUAUUCUUAGCGUUGCGGCUCGCGGCCCCCUUCGUUUCGAAGCGAGGGCCCUUUCGUCUCUUUCGGCAACAGCAACCAAGAUGGCGGACUGGGAGACAAAGAUCCCCGCUCCACCUCAGUUACUGGCACCACUUACGGUCCCCACAAAAUAUCUCUUCGGUCCCGGCCCGUCAAAUCCUAACAUGAGGAUUUAUAAUGCUACAGCAAUGUCCCUUUUGGGUCAUAUGCAAGCAGAUUUCUACAAAGUAAUGGACGAAGCGAAAGCAGGUCUUCAAUACGUGUUUCAGACAAACAACCGGUAUACACUUGCUAUCACUGGAGCAGGGCACGCGGCAAUGGAAGCUUCGAUCAUGAACAUCGUAGAACGAGGGGAACCAAUUCUAGUGUGUGAUAAUGGAAUGUGGGGAAAGAGGGCACGUGAAAUUGCGGAAAGGCAAGGUGAGAGAAAUUUAAAAGAAUGCAUUAAGCUUCUAGGAAUCACCGUUCGUGACGCGGAACCCGUGCUUCUUCUUCUUCUUUCUUAAUUCUUCAAAAGAAAGAUUACAUUUAAGUGCCAAAUAGAUCAGACAACUUAGAAUAUCAUUAUAUUGUUCGCCCAGAAGGGGUUGUACUUUUAAAAAAUUCAUAAGAUUUCACGAUUUGCAUUUCGAUCUUCCCAGGCUUUAGCUUUGUAUUUGUAACUCUAUAAUAUGCAAAAUUUAAGUUUUCUUUUAGCCAAAGUAUUAAAAGCGGACUGAGCAAUUUAUUGCUUUUGAUUUCGAAGACUAAACAUUUUUUGUUAUUUUCAAACAUUCAACCAAAUUAGCUGACUGCAUGUGUUUGGCCGGAGUUGUCAGCGAGUUACGUGCUCUCGCGAACUAAAAUUCUUCCGGUUCAUGUGGCGUCUUCGCCCGCCCAAUACAACUAACCUUAUAUUUAAAAGUCACUUGUUCGUCUCGAAGAGUCUAAACAGUUACCAUGUAGAAAUAAUCCAGCUCGAAAGUCCCUUUAGAUAAUGAAUUAUAACAAACAUAAAAAUUUCUCAUUCUUUAUUUUAUUCCUCCUCUGUUCUUAAGGACAGCUGUCUUUAAAAAUCAACGUUUUUGGCACAAUUUCUGAAAAUAAUGCCCCUUAUAUGUCCGGCCAAUUUGUCUGUUAGUACAAAACUGUUCACCACUUCACAGGCAGACCAACCUCUGAUUGUGUGGCCCUUGCUGCGCCCAUCUUUUUGUACUUAUAAAUACAGACUUGAGCGAGCAACUUCCAUGCACUCUAUCAUUUUUCCGAUGGUUUUGGAGCGAAUUUUGAAUAUCUUUUAAAUUCCACAAACCAGUCAGCUUAACCUACAGACCUAAAAAUGAUAUGUUUUGCUUUUUGAUAUCUUAUACUUCGAUUGCACUCACAGACAUGGUGAAGAUUCUAUUUGUUUAUUUUGCGGGAAAAAGUGCCUUAAAAUUUGUCUAAAAAUAAACUGGUCCGUAAAAACCGCCCUGAUAUAAACGUAGUGUGGGAGUUGCUAGCUCUGGGUUAUGGGCUCCUGGUAUAGGUAAUAGGGCUGUAGAUAUGCUGUCCAAUUUGGAAAUAAUUGGAUGAAAAAAUUCCAAGGACAGCCAAAAUUGGAUGAACCCAUAGGCCGAGUCCAGUUUGGCUGUCAGAAGAAUUUGGUAAGUUUUUGCAUGGCCCUGAGAUGUACUUUGUGUCAGAGAUAAUUGUUUGUCUGGCAGCAAAAAGUAAAGAAAGAGAACAAGGUAGGCAAAAAGCAGCUGCUAGCGCAUGACUUAACUGGAACUGAUGCCCAACCAUAGAAAUUCUCAGCUUAUAAACACCAGCAUCUGAUCAACUAGAUACAUCUUAUGUUCCUCACCAAACCUUUGCACAAUCCUUCCAAAAAUUACAGAGAAAAGUGAUACUGAAGUUGCAAAAGCAACUUUCUCCACACAAUCGAUGCCAAAUUCUCUACAAGCUUCCACCUCUGAGUGUUCUUAUUCCACUGUUUGUUGCUGUGUUUGUUAUACCCGCUUAUUAAUUAGUAUAAUGAUUUUUUUCUGGAAGGAUGCGAUGUCAGAGUUCUUGAAAAACCACCAGGUGGAUAUUUUACCUAUGAAGAGAUAAAAGAGGCAAGUUCUUUUGCUUUAUUUUAUUUAUACAAGUGACCAGAACCAAUUAACAGGGCUUCUGAUAUUUUGCGGAAAAAAAACCAAAAUUGCGCGGGAUUUUCAGGGGCAAAUUUGCGGAAAAAUCGGCCGAUUUCGCGGGAUUUUCGCAGGAAAAAAGUCAAAAUUCGCGGAAAAUCGGCCGAUUUCGUGGGAUUUUCGCGGAAGGAAAGUCAAAUUUCGGGGGGGGAAACUUCGCCAAGAAGCAAUCAGUUAAAAAACAGCCGAUUUCGCUGGAUUUUUUUGGCAAAUUUCGCUAAAAUCGAUCAAUGUUGCGUCGAUAUGACCAGCGUUGUGUACCGUUUUUUUAAGAGGGAUAAUCAUUUGCUCUUUAAUUUCAACAACAGUUCGCUCAAGAAAUAAGCGAAUGCUAAAGCUAUUAACAUUAUGGUUAGUGCCCAGUUUUUCACAACAUUAAUCUAAGAACGCCUGUUAGUUUUGGGACGUUGUUUACUCGUUGCAGUGACUAAGUUUCAAGAUAAAUUUGGACGUUUGGGGUGAAUAAAACAGGUCUAAUUGCCAAGAUAAGUAUCAAAUAAUUAUGUUUUGCCAACAUGUAUUUGGAAAUAUUUCUGGCGGAUUUCGCGGUAUUUCACGUUUUUUUGGGAAUUUCGCGGGAUGUCGCGGAAAUACCUGAAUUUCGCGGGUCCGCGACCGCACGAAAUAUCAGAAGCCCUGAAUUAAGCCUUUCUGUAACCCCAACACAAAUUCUCAAGACUAGGUCUCCACACAAUCUUUAAAGAACUAGUUGAGAGAAUUAAAUAAAAGAUCAAACCUAUUUCCUUUAGUGAUCAAUUUCACAAGAUUUAUUCUUGAUACUAGCACACUGUUGGGGGAAAUUGUUGUUGGUCACCCUUGGAACUUAAAGGGUUAGCAAACUGUGAAUUCCAAACAAGGUUGUUUGAGUUAAUCAAUAAUAUUAUUGUUAAUUGAUUUGCCCCAUAGUUAUAGCUUUGUCUGUUCUGUGGUAAUUUAAUAGAUUUCCUUGAAGCUAAGAUCAGUGGCAUAAUUUGUUAUGUGCCACACCAAAACUACAAGACUUAAGCUAUGUCCAAAUGGACACAACAGCUCCCAACAUUGUUGGUCCAUCAAUGUUUGGAGUUGUUGUGUCUGUUUGCACAUGACUUAGAAAAGUUUGACCGGUUUCAGAGAUUGUGCAAAAACUCCCAACAACAUGUAGCAACAUGCAACAGGGUGACUGCAAAUGGACACAACAUGUAAUGUCCAACAAUGUUGGGAGCUAUUAAUCAACAAUGUUGCACCCAUUUGCCCUGCGUGGGCUUUAGCCUAAGAAACUAACCAACAAUUUGCGACAUCACCAGUGGUUUCCUCUCAAAGUGACUGUGCUCUAAGAAAAAUUGAAGGGAGCCCUGAGUGCUCUGAACCAGUGACGUCUACAGUGCCCAGCAUAUGAUUUCUAUGAAAAGGCAAAUAUUUUCUAGUCUCCUGGGGGCAAAAGUUAAACACCAGUGGCCACUGGACACUGCUAGAACACAGCCUUAAACAAAAAAAUUGCAAGCAACUAAUGCUACUGUUAACAAAGUAAACAUUUUUUCUUUUUGUAGGGUCUUGAAAAGCACAAGCCUGUAGCUCUUUUCGUUGUUCACAGUGAAUCUUCUUCUGGAAUUUGUCAACCACUGGAUGGCUUUGGACCUCUUUGUCAUGAGUUAGUUAAUAAUAAAAACUAUUUUAUUACAAAUUAAAAACUGUGUGAAAAUAAUAAUAACCACAAAACCAAGAAACAUUCUGAACUCUAAAGGUUUCUUCAGGCUUAAAAUCAAUGUAGGAAAAAAAAAAUAACACUUUGUCUUUAAAAUAUAUUAAGGGCUAAAAUGGAAGGUAAUGUUUUGGUUUGUAAAGAGGGAGAGUUUUCUCUAAGAUUCCAGCCCUUUGGCGGCAAUGGCAGACCCAAAUCCAAGAGAAUGUAGAGAACAGGCUUCCACUUUUAUGUUAAAUAAGACAACAGUGAUUUCCUAAAAAUGUUUAUAGGGGAUUUAGCACUGAAAAAUAUACAAAUGGUUAAUGAAAAGAGAUCUGAAAAUCUUACUUUAGACAAUUAUAAAUUACAUUUACAUACCGGUAAGUACUGUUUUAUGUUCAGUGUUUAACUGAUCUGUUUUUUGUUCUGUUUUUAGGCAUGACUGCUUGUUAAUUGUAGACACUGUUGCAUCUCUUGGUGGGACGCCUUUCUUUACUGAUGAUUGGGAACUUGAUGUUGUGUAUUCAGGUUCUCAGAAGUGUCUAGGUGCACCGCCGGGUGUCGCCCCCAUAACCUUCAGUCCUAGAGCUAUGUGAGUGUUUUCUUUAUUACUUUACUUCAAUAAUACGUUUCUCAGAUUUUGUUUUAUAAUUAUGUGCAUUUAUGAGGCCAGAUGCCCCAUUAGGCAGAAAUAAUGGUCAGCGAGGUUUUUUUAAAAGUCUGUACCAAUAUAUUCUGCAAAAUGGACCUGUAUGGAGUCAAUGCCCGCAGGCGACUCAGGAUCACUUGAGUUAUUCACCAGUUCAAGUUUCACUGUGAAUACGUAGAUAACAAUGCAAAUCCCAGUUUUAUGGGGGUCCAAUUCAAAUUACAGAAGCACUGUAAUCAAUCCUGCUCAUCAAAAUGUUUUUUGGACUGGCCAAAAAGACUAUGCUAGCCACAGCUUGCCCAAAUGUCAAGCUGUAAAACUGACACCUUCUUUGCACUUUGGGAUAUAUCGCUAUCCCCUGGAUAAAUCUCUAUCCAGUGUAUAUGUAGUGCAAUUAGUUCCCCAACAAGACUUCUCCAGUGGAUAGUGAUCUAUCCGAUGGAUAGUGCCAUCCCAAGUUUCAACAACCAGAGCCUGAAGCUCAAGGUAGAUUGCUCAACCUCCACAUCUCUGCCUCUGCUGACUUAAUAUCUUGGCUUAAUGUCAUUUGUUUGCUUUUGUUAUCAGGGCUAAGGUGAAUGGUCGUAAAACCAAAGUGCCGUCAUUUUACUUGGAUAUGACUGAACUGGGCAACUACUGGGGAUGUGAUGAUGGACCAAGAAGGUAAACUUCUGAAUUCACAAGGAUUUCUCAGUAUAUCCUUGCAUUAUAAUUUUUUUUGUCAGCCUUCUCAGUUCACUUUAUACAUUAUUGAUAAAUUCACCAAAAAACAAACAUUGCCCGCAAUUAGCAACAGCUGCAUGUAGUUGAGGCGAGCAUUAGUGGAACUGACACACGUACAGUACAUGUAAUAACUAACAUAAAAAAGCUCACUAGAGAAAACAGUAGGCAAAAAAGAGAAAUUAAAAUUGACUAAUACUUUAUUGAAAAAAGGGCAAGCAGGUGAUUAUUUUUAAAAUAAAAAAAUGUUAAAUAAAAAAGGAGUUUUCAAGAGAUGGUCAUUCAGUAAGUCUAUGUUAACAAAGUUGCCUUUGCCUAAGUUGAGAAAAAGUGGUACUUUGUAUCAAGAAUGAGAGGUGUUAGUGCCGAAGGCAAUUUCAGUUGUUGAGUGGUAUAGGAUAAUUGCACGAUGAUGUCAUUUUUCUACCACUACCAGAAUCCUUUAGUUUGUUGUUUUCUAGUGCAACUUAAGGACAUUGUUUUUUAAAACCUCAGCAGGAUUGACAAAUUUAAAUAAGAAAGCAAAACAAAGUGAAUUCUGGUGGUUGCAGUCAAAUGUUGUCAUUGUGAAAAUGGCCUAUUAUCCUGUAAGCAAUGCAAGCUCCCUGUGGAGUGGGUGAAGGGAAACUACCCUCUCUCCCCUACCCUCACCCGCUGAUCCACUUGAUCACAGGUGGGAGUUUCAGGUGUAACUAUAAUUUAAAAAAAACCUAUAGAACCUGAUUAAUCAAAUCGACCCUUCUGCAAAUUAAAAAAAAAUUAAUUAUAGUUACAUUUUUGUCUUAGAUACCACCACACAGCUGCAAUUAACCUGGUUUAUGCCUUGAGAGAAAGCCUUGCUAUUCUGGCAGAGGAGGUAAAGUAAAAUGCCUGGGCUCUCUUCUUUUAUAUGUCGUUUACAUAUAAUUAUAUAUCUUCCAAAAAGCCUUCCAUAUAGUUGUAAUUGCAGACUGAGUUGACAAUAUCCAUAGUACAAAUCAUACCCUCAAGUCUCAGCUCCUAUCACCCCAAUUGGACGGCUUGUUCGUACGCUUUUCGUGGUUUUACUCUGACAUCGAGCUAAUGACCAAAAUGUCAACUUUCUUAUCUCUUAGUAUGUGGUGACUGAUUUGCUCUAUCAACUCCGUUGAUCAGACAACCUUUUUUGUUUCACUCAAUGCAAAGCCACUGUUUCUUUACAAAGUAGCCCAUUUGUCCUGUUGAAAUUAGACUUUGUGCGUGCUUUGAUGGUUAGUUACGCAACUAUUGUGAUCAUUUAAAGUUUUUUCUGAACUUCAAGGCAUGCACUGGGAUGAAUCACGAUGUACGUUGCUGGAGGCUGGUCACCCCAAUUAUCUUGACCAAAAAAAAAAACCAAUAAUCUCCGUUGUGAGUUUAAUUUUAAUAAUUUGACAAUCACCAGGGACUAGAAAAUUCGUGGAGGCGGCAUCAUGACACCAUUGAACAUUUCUGGGCGGGGCUUGAGAAGAUGGGGAUGGAGAUGUUUGUAGCGGACAAGGUGAGUUUUACCUUCUUUUUUUUGUUUUUAUUGUAAAACCAAUUUGUUAGUCUGUGUAAGUUGUUGUUUUGUCGUACGUAAGUAAUGAAACCACUAUUACAAUCGUCUGCUAUAUUAUUGUGAAAUUUAAAAAAGAGCAUUAAUCAAAAAUUACGCAGCGCGUUCGACCUGUGUCGAUCUCUAAGCUCUCCGCUCGCGGAACAGCGAACAGGAUUGAUUGAGUAAACAACAAACAAACAACAGAAUCAGUAAUGGAACCUCUUCCUUAAACGAUAGAGGUUCUUUGAACUGGUUAAAAAACUCGCCAACGCACAGGCUAUGGAUUUCCGCUUUUUUUCUCCUUGAAAUUGCGCGUAUGGCACAUUAUUAUCAAACUUUUUCAAGUACGAACACCUCCGUUAAAAAUAAGCAGAUCUUGUUCUCAACUCAACAUUGAUUUUAAUGGCUGAAUUGCGCCUUUAUACAUUAACUCUCACAUUGCUGUAAUGAAUCGAAGCAUUAAUCAUUACGUUUCCAUUCACUGCUAAAAACGCAGAUAAUGGGGUAACUGUCAAAAAUAGUUCUGCUACUUCAAAUUAUUUCGAAGUUUCUGAUCGGCUUAAAACCGCGACUAACGACGGGAAUCUUGAUUGUAAAUAAUAACCCCCUCCUCGAUCUGCUUAACCGUUCCUAGUGACUAUCAUAUUCAGCCUGGUUCAAUAUUACUGUUGUUUAUAAACUCGUACAAAUGUCCAUUUCCUUUACUCUUUUUAAGGCUCUUCGUCUUCCAACAGUAACAAGCAUUAAGAUCCCUGAAGGAUUUCCAGACUGGAAAGCUGUCCCAGAUUAUCUGAUGAAGAAGUGAGCGGAACACUUUUCUUUAUUAUCAUUAAGAUAUCCCUACUCCACCCCUUCCCCCCUCCCGUUUUUCAGAUGCAAACAGUAGACUCGUGUGUUACGAACAGAAGAUUCUGUCACUACCACGAGGCCACGAACUGGGUCACUGUGGUCGAAUUCCGUAAAGUAGCAGAGCAUCCAUGCAUUUCAAAAUUUCCACCAUAGCAACUUUUAUAUUUUUUGACAGAAAACACUUGAAUUUACAAGAGUAGCCAGAAGCUAUGUUCUGUGUCAGUGGCAUGCACAGUUUGAAGGGUCGUUGCUUUUUUUUUGUGCAUUUGUAAGAAAAGCUCCUUUCGAAUACCCUUCUAUGUGACGGUACGAAGUUGCAUUUCUUUGUCAUCUACUAUUUGGCCAUUUCUUGAAGGUUUUAUAUGGACGCCUUCUUUCUGCUGUUUUAUGCAUUGAGCUGAUUAUGAUUUCGUCAGCUUAAAAUUUCAGGAUAACCUUUGCAUGGAAACUGCAAGAAAACAAAACUUCGUCUGAAAAAAAUUAGGGAAGACUGAAAAUGGAUGACACUCCGGUGAACGUCGACCUAAGGCUACGUCCAUGCGACUCCGAUUCCUUUCUGUUCAUACACGAAUUCACUGCAAACGUACGAGUUUAGCACUUCCGUCCCUCGUGAACUCUAUGUGUGAUCUCUAUGCAGUCUGUGUUCUAAACGGAUACUACUGAAAAAUCCCUAUGUUGUGAAUAACCGUAAUUUUAUAUAUUUCAAUAUUUGCCAGGUACAAGCUUGAAAUUGUAGGUGGUAUGGGUCCAACAGUAGGAAUGGUAAGUCGCCUUGCUAUUAUCUGAUCAUGAUUUACAAGUAAGCAAAGUCAACGGAACAGUGAAUCAAUUCAGCAUUGACUGAGCACGCGACUCAUCCGAUUUUUACCUAACUUCUACAAUGGAACCCGGACUUCUGCCGUGUAAGGAGGCUACGUUACAUAACAUUUACGUUGCGUUACGUUACGCCAAUUCAGGAGGUACUCCAGCACGCAGGUAUCUUUGUAAACGUAUAUUAUUCACAUUACGGCCAGUGAUCGUUAGGAGUUUAUAGGGAAUCCUAGCGUCGUGAAGGUCUCGCUCCUAUUUCGCGCCUUGCUCACAUUAAUCGCCAUACUCGCCCGGCUCCCCUAGCUCGAUUUCUGGGCAUGUGUAGGGGUUAUUAAGCAUCAAAUAACCGGCUCGCAGGGAAACAUAUCAGGUUGGUUCUCCUACAGAGUUGGUGGGUCUUUUACCGUAUCACAAACUUGUGUUUUCUUUAUUCAUUUUUCAGGUGUGGCGUGUAGGGUUCAUGGGACACAAUUCCUACCCAGAGAACGUGGAUUUAUUCUUACGACUGUUUAAAGAAGCGAUAGAAUCUGUGCACGCUGGACGUCCCAAGUCUCAACUUUAAGCAUUGAUAACAAAAUUGUAUCAUGACUGUACAAAAAAAUUAUAGCAAGUAAAAUGGUUCAGAGAGUGUAGCGUACAUUUUCAUAGAUGGCUCUCGAUGGUGUCUUGUACUAUUCGUUUUCACUCUGUAUAAUAGGUAUACAAAAACGAUAAAUUUUAACAGGUUCAAUUUUUGUGCGUGAAUUCUUAUUCCAAAAUAUGAAGGUGAAAGAUUCACCAAAUUACUUUGACAGGGCAUUUAAACUCUGGGCACAGAAUUUUACAGAUAAAAACUGUAAGGUAAUAUAUGUACAACAGAGUAAAGUAUUGGUUUAGAUAGAUGUAGUUAAUGCUAACUUUUAUCAAGGACUGUGUAACACUCCUUAAGAAAACGAUUGUAUGGUAUGUUUAUUAAAAUAGUCAGUGAGC